CAUAUGUAUGUACGUUCCAUGAAGCAAUUAUGCCCAAAAUACCCGCGUAUAGACAGACAACUCCCUCUCCCGUAUUGGGGCCUCUCUGAGAGAGAGCUCCAACAACAGCUGCUGCUGCUGCUGCUAGCGUCGCGUGGUUUGGAAUCCAACAAAUUUCAAUUUUAUUUGUCAUAGUUGGUUGUUGUUGAAGCAUCGGAAAGACGCGUGAAUAGAAAACAUCAAAUCGUUUGAUUAGUGAAUUUUAAAAACCUUUAAACACAAACAAAAACUAUCACAAAUGGAGCGCAUCUUGAGAGGAAUUAUGCGUUAUCGGAAUACAACGAGGGAGCAAAUGGUCAAAGAAUUUCAGAAAGUCCGCGAUAAUCCAGAGCCCAAGGCCGUGUUCUUUACGUGCAUGGACAGCCGAAUGAUUCCCACAAGAUAUACCGAUACCCAUGUGGGUGAUAUGUUUGUAGUCCGUAAUGCUGGUAAUCUCAUACCUCAUGCCCAACAUUUCCAGGAUGAAUAUUUCAGCUGUGAGCCAGCGGCCUUGGAGUUGGGAUGUGUAGUGAAUGAUAUUAGACAUAUUAUUGUCUGUGGACACAGUGAUUGCAAGGCCAUGAAUUUGCUAUAUCAACUUAGAGAUCCCGAGUUUGCAUCCAAACUCAAUCGGCGUCUCUCUCCCCUGCGAUCUUGGCUCUGCACUCAUGCAAAUACAAGCUUAGAAAAAUUUCAAGAAUGGCGAGAUGCGGGGAUGAACGAUCCUUUACUGUUUUCGUCAGAAUCUCCACUACGCCGGUUUGUAGCCUACAUCGAUAAGGAUCAGAAAUUUGCCAUUGAAGAUAAACUCUCCCAGAUAAAUACGCUCCAACAAAUGUCAAAUAUAGCCUCAUAUGGAUUUCUUAAGGCGCGACUAGAAUCCCACGAUCUGCACAUACAUGCUUUGUGGUUCGACAUCUAUACUGGCGAUAUAUAUUACUUUAGUCGUGGUGCGAAGUGCUUUGUAGCCGUGGACGAGGAUAGUGUAGAGCGUUUGUCUAAAGAAGUGAGGCAAUUUUACUCGUAAAGGAAAUAAGGAAAACUAGUCCUUUAAAAUUCAACUGUGAUACGUAUGGCCUUAUAGCACAUAUGAGGAGAAUCCAAAAUGUAACGAAAUAGUUUUUAAUAUUGGCUAAUGUUUUUGUUCUCCCAUAUAUGCAUAACCAUCAUCGAUUCCCAAAUCUUAUUUGAAUUCAAUUUUGCACUAUACUGCAAAAUAUUUAUAGUUCCCUUUGUUGUCAUUACAUGCAUAGCUCUAACAAUAAGUUGCACGCAUUAUUUUAUACCAUUUGUAUGAACAUUGUCUGCACUUUUUUGUAAUUCCAAUAUAUCUAAGGAUUCUAUUCUUAAAGUAAAAAAGAAAA